AUGGGGUUCUUCAAACACUUUGCGAAGACUCAUCGCCAUUGGCGUCUAUACCUGAUCCUCAUAGCGAUCGAGCUGCCGUUGACAAUCGUCCUCUUAACGCUCACGGGUAUUGCAUCGCAUGGUCUAUAUCGGACCAAGCUCUGGCAGGCCGGUUAUGAUCUGGGUUUCAACAGUUCUCCGGACGAGGUCAUCUACGCCUUGGCCAACUACCGAUCCUAUACCAUUCCAGUCGUCUGGAGCUCAUUUCUCACAAACUUUAACCUCGUCAUCGGUGUAUUAAGCACCUUUCUGCUCAUUGUCAAGUUCCCAGUACACGUCAUGCGCCUCUUAUACCCGCCGAUCGCGGUGGCUAUUCAGGGUUCAUUGGUUGCUCUCUACAUCGUUUCAGCCCGGUACCAGGCCGGAAGCGAUAUGACCGAUUCAAGUCACCCUCAGCCGGGCCCCCCGUGGUAUAUAACCAAGAAUUGCAACGUGGCGAAGGAUGUCGCGAUAAAUUCGAUUGUCGGAUACUGCGAACAGGCCAAAUCACUAUUUGCAGUAACCAUCAUACUCCUCACAUUGUAUUUCGUUGAGUUCUGCGUGUGCGUGCACUCAUGCUUCCUGACCAAGGAGGAGAAGGAGUCACGCCGCGAGCAGCGGGAAGAAAAGCGCAUGGAAAAAGAAUUCGAGGAGAUGAUCUUGAAGUCUCCUGGCAUGAUCCCCAUGACUCCCGCACCACGGACCGGCACAUUUCCUUCCAUGAUGACGCCUCGCACCGGCAAUUUCCCUCCCAUGAUGACGCCUGGCACAGGCAACUUCCCUCCCAUGAUGACGCCUCGCACAGGCACUUUUCCUCCCAUGGUGACGCCUCGCACAGGCAAUACAAUGCCUCCCCUGGUGACGCCUCGGACUCUGGCAUUCAACCGGCUCGACGGCAUGCCAUCAGGGCAUCUGCCUCUCCGAGGGCCACCACCGAGCAAUAACACCUCGACUCCAUAUUACCCUACGCAGCCGGACAGAGGCGACUCUUCCCACUCCCCCACGCCCGUCCAGAUGUACUUCCCUCCUCCACCGAAAGCGGUUACGAAAUGA